ACUGUCCAAGGCAGCUCACGGUGCGGAGGGGAGGUAGAGGGAAGUCCGGAGAUAACCUAUCGCACCGUUCUCCGCUCACAUAUCGUCACGUUGGACGCCAGCACGCAGCCAGGCAGGCAGGAUUCGACCCUUGAGAAAUGCCUAUGAAUGACCAACUGGAAUCAUGUUCUACGAAGGAAACCACAGCAGCGAACUUCCGCUCUUCUACAGAUAGGUAACAAGUGCUUCCGUUUCAUCAGCUCAAGGCAAUCAAAAAGGGGUGCUGGGCUGCCUCCGAAGACAUCGCUCGAGUCACCCAGACCGGCUUACUACAACUUAAGCCGACAACAGCGAGGUCGUUGUAUCAUAUUUAACGUGCAAAAAUUUUCGACAUCUGUGAAUCUAACUGACAGGUCGGGAGCCGACGUCGAUGCCUUCAGAAUCACCAACACGUUCCGUAAACUGGGGUUCAAAUGCCAACUUGUGCCUAACCCCACCACAAGAAAGGUCCGAGAAACGUUGCAGGAAGUAUCCAUCGAAACAAAGGACGACGCCGACUGCUUCGUGUGCUUCUUCCUGAGUCACGGAAAACUUGGCCGCAUCUUCUCCUGCGAUGAUGAACUGACGUUUCGGCAAUUAAUAGACCCUGUAAUGAGGUCGAAAAGUCUUAGGCAUAAGCCGAAAUUAUUCUUCAUUCAGGCAUGUCAAGAAUAUGACGGCACGGAUUACAAGGACGCCCCGGACGGAUGGUCCUACUCGAUUCCUUCGUAUCCGGACGUUUUCGUGGGAUUUUCUACUCCUCCAGGUUACUACUCGUGGCGAAAUGAGCAAAACGGAUCGCAUUACAUCAACGCCUUGUGCUCAGUGCUCUACGAAGAAGCAUCAUCGGAUAAACCUCGCGACUUUGUGUCCCUGAUGGCCGUUGUCAACCGGCAACUGGGACUCCGUUUUGAGUCCUACACACCUUCAAACUAUAAGACCCACCGCAAGAAGCAGACGCCUUGCUUCGUCUCGACGCUCACUCGGAAGCUGGUGCUCGCAUCACGAGACAGUGCAGCUUAAAGCAAAGAACAUAUGCCACAAAACAACAGCUUUAAAAUAUAUUAAGCAGACGUAGACUUCUUUGUGAGCAAAGUAAAAGCACCGCUUUUUUGUUUGUUU